AUGUCAAAAUCAUCUUCAUCAAUAUCUUCAUCAUCUUUUCCCAAACGUAGUUUGGGAAAAGAAUUAUGCUUCUGCGAGUUGGAAGCCACAUUGAAAUGGUCAACUACUACAAAAAAUCCAAGAAGACCCUUCUUAGGGUGUGCAAAGUAUAAUACCCAGGGCUUACCAUAUUGUAAGUUCUUCAAGUGGUUGGAUGGUAAUGAAGUGAUUGAGCUACAACAACAAGAAAGAAUUGAUGAACUGUUAAAGAAAGAGAAAGAUGUAGAGAACAUACUUCAAAUGCUGGAAAAGAGGGAGAUUGAACUACAUAAGAUAGUGGAUCGCCUCGAGAGGGUAAGCAUAGUGCUGUCCAAUAAAAGCGACGAGGUUACGCAAAAGGAGUUGGUGCUUAAUGCAUAAGAAGCUAAAAGAAGGGGGUUGUGCACGCUAUUUUGGAUUUAUUGUUGUUUUGUAUUUGUACAUGCAUUUUACCUAGUGUUAUAUAA